UGUCCGUUUAACCACCUGAGACCUGCCAUGGAGCUUCCGGCUCUGCACUGCCGCGCCCGGCAGAGAGGCUGGCCGCUUCCAGCCUCACCAGCUGCGCGCCGGCCGUGCGAGUCGCGGCCGCGGCCGCGGCAUCGCACUGCGGCGCUCUGCGCGGCCGUGGCUGUGCCAGGCGCCAGAUAUCGCGUGGAGGAGCGGCGGCCCCGGAGCCGUGCCCAGCUGGUGGGGCAGCUGCUGCGACUCCUGCAAGGCCGGGACAUCCUGUGGCUGGUGCUGGGCAGCGCAGGUUUGCUGCUGUCAUCUCUGGCCGAGCUGGCAUCGCCGCCUCUGGCAGCGGGAGCUCUUUUCGCGGCUGUCCAGGGCCAGCGGGAAGUCCUGUUGCCACGGUGCUUGGCGGUGGCAGCAGUUGCGCUGCUGAGCGGCGCUGCAGAGGGGCUCCGAAACUUUGCCUUCAACAUGCUUCGGAGCCGUCUGGUGGCCCACGUCAGGCGGUCUGCCUUCUUCGUGCUGAUGGCGCAGGAGCUGAGCUUCUUUGAUGAGGUGGACGCCGCGGAGCUGACCUCGCGCCUGAGCUCAGACUGCAUGUCGGUGUAUUCCUACCUGAGCGAUGUGCUGAGCUUCUUCCUGCGUGCCGGGGCGGUCACCGUCUUCAGCUCGCUGGCGCUGCUGCGGAUCUCCUCGAGCAUCACCUGGCGAGUGCUGCUGCUGCUGGCCUUGUUGCUGGGCUGUGCGGAGUGGUACGGCCAGGUGACGCGCUCAACGGGCCGCCGCACGCAGGACGCCUUGGCCGAGCUGGGCCGCGUCUCCAGCGAGUCUCUGCAGCUUUUGCGCACCGUGCGCGCCCUCGGCGCGGAGGACCUGCACCGCCGUUUGUUCAGAAGACAAAAUGAUGCCAUUUCCAAAACGCAGCGCCAGCGAGGUGUUGCGCUGGGAGUUUUCUCCGCGACCAGCAACGGCUUGGGCGUCAUGCUGCAAGCCGUGACGCUGCUGGUUGGGGGUGGCUUGGUGCUGGGAGGCUCCAUGACCGGUGAGGCUCUAGCCACCUAUUUGCUGUACCUUGACACAUUAGUGGAUAGCGCGCUCGAGCUGGGGAUUGAGUGGUCCUCCUGCAACGACGCCCUGGGUUCCGCAGAGCGUGUGCUGGGCAUCCUCCAGACUCCCAUGGUACGGGAGCGUGGCCGAUCACCAGGAGCUUCCCGGGGUGACGUGUGCUUCGACUCUGUGCACUUUGCCUACCCCUCGCGGCCCAAGCGACAGGUGCUGAAGGGCGUCUCGCUGAAGUGCUGCGCCGGGGAAACCACUGCGCUCGUGGGCUUCAGCGGCUCAGGAAAGUCCUCCCUCAUUAGCUUGCUGCUCCGCUUCUAUGACUUGAAGGAGGGCCACGGCUCGGUCAAGUUCGAUGACGUGGACGUGCAGCAGUUGGACAGGUCCUGGCUGCGCUGUCAGCUGGGCGUCGUCGCGCAGAACCCCCGGCUCUUCCGCGGAACUGUGGCGGAGAACAUUGCCUGGGGCUGGCCUGCUACGCGCAAGGAGGUGCAUGCAGCAGCAGAGGCCGCCUUAGCCGCCGAGUUCAUCGAGCAGCUGCCCGAGGAAUGGGACACGAAGAGCUCAGUCAGACGAGUCCAAUGGAACUCGGUUGAGGGCUACGAUACGGUGUGCUCUGACGAGAAGCUUCUCUCUGGAGGACAGCGCCAGCGCAUUGCCUUGGCGCGGGCUUUGCUGCGAGAUCCCACGGUGCUGCUGCUGGAUGAGCCAACCUCAGCCCUUGACCCCAAGUCCAGUGCCCUAGUGUCGCAGGCGCUGGAACAGGCACAGUGGUCUGAAGGAAGGCAGUGCCGACGGACGAUGAUCAUCGUGGCGCACGACCUGCGUCUGGGCGCGGUGCAACGUGCGGACAAGAUCGUGGUGAUGGGCCGAGGCGAGAUCCUGGAGCAGGGCAGACACGCGGAGCUCCUGGAGCUGGACGGCAGCUACCGCCGGCUCAUGGAGGACCAGCGUUUGCCCACAGAGCACACACCCCGCAUUUGAAGCGAGCGGAAAAAGGUGACGCGACAGGACCUAGAUGGAGGUUUGCUCUGGAGAAUGGAGCAGAUAUCGAACCUUUAUGAUUUAUGAUACACACAGAGGAACAAAGCUAGAUGGGAG